CUCGAUUCUGAUUGGUCGAGGUUUCCAUUCAGCGAUAUAAAUAUUGAGAUUCCGGGAACGGCUUCUUCUGCUCCCGUUACUAUAAAGUUUGCCGGUCCAGCUGUUCUUGCAUUAUUUAAUUUUUUCUAAGAUGCCUGAACCUAAGCCAUUUGAGCGCCUUCCGGGCAAUGUGAAGCCGUUGCACUAUGCCGUCACUCUCCAGCCCAAUCUUGUCAAAUGUGUUUUUACUGGUUCUGAAGAGGUUGACAUUGAGGUCAAAGAAGCCACCUAAACAGAUCAAGCUCAACUCGCUGGACCUGACUCUCAGAGACGUCAAAGUCACCCUAGCCGGUGGGGAUGCGGUGCUCCCAGCCUCGACCGAGAUCUCGACUCCCAACGAGAUGGUCACGCUCACCUUCGACAAGGCCCUGCCCAUCGGGAAGGCUAAGCUCAGCAUGGCCUUCAACGGGGAGCUCAACGACAAGAUGAAGGGUCUCUACCGCAGCAAAUACACAUCGGUGAAUGGCGAGGAAAGGUAUUCAGCCGUCACUCAGUUUGAAGCCACAGAUGCACGACGCUGCUUUCCAUGCUGGGAUGAGCCUGCGUUGAAAGCUACCUUUGACAUUACGCUAGUCGUGCCAAGCGACCGAGUGCCUCUCUCUAACAUGCCUGAGAUCUCGAGAGAACAGCACGAGUCUGAUCCGGCCUUACAAAUUGUGAAGUUUGCCACAUCUCCACUCAUGUCAACGUACCUGGUGGCCGUUGUGGUUGGAGAGUACGACUUUGUGGAGGAUACCUCUACUGACGGGAUAAAAGUACGAGUUUAUACUCCUGUUGGCAAGAAGGAGCAAGGGAAAUUUGCCCUAGAGGUUGCGACAAAGGUUUUGCCGUACUACAAGGACUAUUUUAAUAUUGCUUAUCCAUUGCCUAAAAUGGAUCUCAUUGCUAUUGCUGACUUCUCUGUAGGUGCCAUGGAAAACUGGGGGCUAGUAACUUACCGUGAAACGUGCUUGUUGGUGGAUCCAGAUAACACAAGUGCUAGUCAGCGGCAGUGGAUUGCUCUUGUUGUGGGCCACGAGCUUGCUCAUCAGUGGUUCGGUAACCUUGUCACUAUGGAAUGGUGGACUCACCUCUGGCUGAAUGAAGGCUAUGCCACAUUUGUCGAGUUCCUGUGCGUCGACCAUCUGUUCCCGGAAUAUGACAUCUGGACACAGUUUGUCACCAACACAUACAUCCGAGCCUUGGAACUAGACUGCCUCAAGAACUCUCACCCGAUCGAAGUGCCAGUUGGCCAUCCCUCAGAGGUGGACGAGAUCUUCGAUGAUAUUUCCUACUCCAAAGGGGCAUCUGUGAUUCGCAUGUUGCACUGCUAUUUAGGCGACAAGGAUUUCCGCGCGGGAAUGAACAAGUACCUGACACGCCACCAGUACAACAACACUUACACUGAAGACUUGUGGGCAGCUCUGAAGGAAGCCUCAAACAAGCCUGUGGGUGAAGUGAUGAGUUCUUGGACCAAACAGACUGGUUUCCCCAUGAUCUCUGUGACAUCGCAUCAGGACGGAGACAACAAGGUGCUGACACUAACCCAACAGAGAUUCCUGGCUGAUGGUUCUACAGGGGACAGCAGUCAGUGGAUGGUGCCAGUCAGUAUUUCUACUGAAAAAAAACCCUCUGAAACAGUCAAGGAGGUCCUCCUAGAUUGCAAGUCAACGCAGGUGGUUCUUGAGGGCAUCUCGGCUGACACGUGGGUGAAGCUCAACCCCGGCACAGUAGGAUAUUACAGGACUCAGUAUCCUCCUGACAUGCUUGACCUGCUGAUGCCUGCCAUGAAGUCCAAGUGCUUGCCGCCUCUCGACCGGUUGGGGGUGUUGGACGACCUCUUCUCCAUGGUCCAAGCGGGCCACACGAACACGGUGGAGGUGCUGAAGCUCCUGAAGGCGUUCGAGGACGAGGCCGACUACACGGUGUGGUCGGCGGUGCACAACUGCGUGGCGCGGCUCAAUCAGCUGAUCUCGCACACCGACUUCCACCCGUCCUUCGCCGCCUUCGUCAGGAAGCUCUUCGUCAAGAUCGGCCAGAAGCUCGGCUGGGAGGCCAAGCCGGGGGAGAAACACCUGGACACGCUGCUGCGGUCGCUGGUGCUGGGCCAGCUGGGUCUGUACGGCGACGAGGCCAUCGUGGGCGAGGCCAGGCGACGUCUCGGGGCGCACGUGGCCAACGCCGCCACCCUGCCGGCCGACCUCCGCUCGCCCGUCUACAAGACCGUCAUGUCCCAGGCCGACGAGAAGACGUUCGACCAGAUGCUGAAGCUGUACCGCGAGGCUGACCUGCACGAGGAGAAGGACCGGAUCUCCAGGUCCCUCGGCGCCACCAGGGACCCGAACCUCAUCCAGCGCGUCCUGCAGUUUGCCAUUUCCGACGAGGUGAGGAACCAGGACACCGUCUUCGUCAUCAUCAGCGUAGCCAUGACCGCCCCCGGACGCUCCGCCGCCUGGGCCUUCUUCAAGAAACACCACGAGGACCUGGUCGACCGAUACGAGGGCGGCUACCUGGUGACGCGCCUCAUCAAGUACAUCACCGAGAACUUCGCCACCGAGGACAUGGCGAGCGAAGUGGAGGCCUUUUUCCAGGAGCGACAGAUCCCCGGCACGGAGAGGACGGUGCAGCAGAGCCUCGAGACCAUUCGCCUGAACGCCGCUUGGUUGCAAAGGGAUCAGGACGCCAUCAAGAAGUACCUCACGGAGCUCGAGGGCUAGAGUGGGG